UGCGCCCGGCAAAUCACACGAAUCCCGACUCAGCAUUAUUACGCGGGAUUACAUUUACCAGUACGCUACUCCGUAAACGACGCUCUACGGCGAACAAGAUAACACUCCUGCGCACUUCUUCUCUUGUGCUCCUCAUCGGACAUCCAGCUUUCCCAUCGACGGUUCUAACCGGCAAGGACAAUUCGACGCCAUACCCAAUUCCCCAAGUCUACGGUCUGGGCGCCGGAUAUAUCGUGCGCGGAAACGAACGAGAAGUGCUGUCCUGGUGGCUUCAGAAGAUAAACUCGCAUCCAAGCCCUGUCGUUCACACACUCCUUCCCAUCAUGUCAUUCAACCAGGCAGCGUCUCUCUAUCGACGGAGCUUGAAGCUGGCGCUUGAUUGGGCUGUCCACAGACACAUCUGGCGUGGCCAGGCCGUCUAUAUUCGAUCCCUCUUCGAAGCCAACAGAAAUGUUCGGGAUCCGCGUCAGCAGAAGGUUCUUUUCAGAGAGACGGAGAAGUUGCUAGAGGGCUGGAAGCACCCUGACCCGUACAGAGCACCCACUGCACCUGGUGGUUCGAAAUACGAGAGAAACCUUCCUGCUCGCGAAUUGCCUUAUGCGGAGAGACAUGCCCAUUAGAUUUCCUGCGACGAGGAAUUUACUCGAUAGUAACCAUCUGAAGAAAAAGGGUGUACAUUGGCGGUUGAGCGUGGGAAUUGAAUGUUCAAAUUAUGUUUUCCUCGAUAAAAUCUAUACCAAACGCUAGAUUGAGGCGCGUUUACUCUGGUCGAGUUGGGGUGUUUAAUAGCCAAUCAUACGAGACUAUAAACUAAGCAGCGAAAGUAAAAUAAACAGCUACAGAUAUAUAUAUAUAUAUAUAUAUAUAUAUAUA